AUGGCUCCAAAAUUGGUGCUAAAACGUCGAGUUUUUAAUUCUCAACAAAAUAUAGUUUAUCUUAUUCCUGCGAGGGACACACCUUGUGUUGCAGAAGAAUACGCAAAUUUUAUUAAUAAUCUUAUAGAAAAAUUCAAUGUCAACCCAAAAGAUAUUCAUUUAAUAGGACAUAGCCUCGGAGCACACAUCUCUGGAUUUGCUGGCCGAAAGCUCAACCAGAAGAUUUCCAGAAUAACGGGUUUGGAUCCAGCUUCGGUAGGUUUUCUAACGAAUCAUAUUAACAAGAAUGAUGCUGACUUUGUAGAUAUUAUUCACACAACUGCAGGACUUAUAGGUAUCCAACAGCCGAUAGGACACGCUGAUUUUUAUCCCAAUGGUGGUAUUCUCCCACAGCCAGGAUGUAGUUUUUUCAGUGUAAGUAACAAUAGAGACAUAUACCACAUGUUCUUUUUACAAACGUCUCUAUCAUUACUGCACACACACACACACACACACACACACACACACACACACACACACACACACACACACACACACACAAUCACGCGAGGCGAUCAACCCUACCCCUAG